UUGAGCCCUCACUCAUAUCAAUCCCUCUCGCUCUUUUAAAAUCUCUUCAUGGCUUCACACACAGCUUUAUUAUUACCUUCUCUGCUGCUCAUAUUUCUCUUCAAUAUUAUUACACUCACUGAAGGCAGAGACAUCUUGAUUGGUGGCAAAAGCAAUGGAUGGAAAAUCCCAUCUUCAGAGUCUGAUUCUCUCAACAAAUGGGCUCAAGCCUCCCGUUUUCAAAUUGGAGACUCACUUGUUUGGAACUAUGAUCAAAGCAAGGACUCUGUGCUUCAAGUUAGCAAGAAAGACUACGAAACCUGCAACACAUCAAACCCACUUGCUGCAUUCAAAGACGGAAAUACCAAAGUGAAAUUGGAGAGAUCAGGGGCUUACUAUUUUAUCAGUGGAGCAGAGGGUCACUGUGAAGAGGGCCAGAAAUUAAUCAUUGUUGUUUUAUCAUCUAGGCCUGGAAGGUUCAUUGCUAUGUCUCCAGCGCCUUCUCCUGUGGAGUUUGAAGGCCCAGCUGCUGCUGCUGUAGCUCCAACCAGCGAUUCUGCUACUUUAAGGGGUGGUUUGGUUGUGAUUUACUUGUUGGGUUUUGUGGCCAUUCUUUUGUUCUAGAUGAUGUGACACGAGAUUGGUUUUUUGUAGUUCAUUAAAUUUUGUAAUAAUUUCAUUCAUUUUUUAAGAAUCUCCCUUGCAUCA